GUGGCUAAAGCAAUGGUUUAAUGCGUCACGAGAAAAUUUAAAUUAAUUGUAGCUGUUAGCUACGUUAUUUCAAAACUUAUCGUAAGAACCUGCGGAAUUUUUCUUCGUUGUGGAAUCUGGAACGUAAUAUUGCGGACUUUGGUCUAGUACUGCGCCUGUGGUACUCCGUACCUGCCCUGAUUCGAAAGGGAUGAGGCACACUUGAACCUGAACCCAGCUUGCCACUUAUGUGCCAUCUGGCGUAAGUGAGCGUAAGCACGCCGCAAUGGCGUUUAAACAGUGGAGACGCUUUAACUUCUUCGACAAAGAUGUGGUGAAGGACCCAGCGACUGGCAAAAACGUGGAAAAGCUCAAGGACAUAAAUGUGACAUGCAGCUCAAGUGGGCGUGGCCGGCUCGUGUUGGGUGAUGUAGAAGGGAAUGUGCUGGUUUUUAAUCGCCAGCUUCAAGUCACCAGCUUCAAGGCUUACCAGCUGAGCACUGAUUGCCUGCAGCAGAUGCAACAUCACGCUUUAUUGGUCACCAUUGGGGCAGAUGAGACUGGCAUCAAUCCUCUCAUUAAAGUAUGGAGCCAAGAAAAGGCAGACAAGCAUGGCAAACCCAUAUGCACACGAAUAACACGAGCUGUUGCUGGUAUAAUGCCAUCCCCCGUCAAGUCCCUGGCAGUGCAUGAGAAUUUGAUCCUCAUGGCAGUGGGAUUUGAGGAUGGAAACAUUCUGCUUUUCCGCGGUGACAUUACGAGAGACAGGCAAAGCAAGCACAUAGUGUUGUCCACGGGCACAGUCUCGGUGAAUGUGCUUGCAUUCAAGUCCAGCGGGAAGCAACACUACCUCUUCGGUGCUACUACAGAAAAAGUUAUCUCCAUCAACACCACCAUCAAGGGAAAAGAAGAACAGCAUGUCUUGGACCUUGGUGGCUGCGGUUCACGCUGUGCUGUCAUGAGCGACAUGAAACAGGACCACCAAUUUGUGGUUGGGCGACAGGAUGCCGUCUAUUUCUACCAGCCAGAAGGGCGUGGUCCGUGUUUUGCUUUUGAAGAGGAGAAAGUUCUUCUGCAUUGGUUCCGCAAUUACUUGGUUGUUGUGGGAAAGGACACAAAGCAUCCGCUAAGCUCUGGGCAGGCUCCUGAGAAGACAAUUGUCAGCGUCUACGACAUUCAGAACAAGUUUGUAGCAUAUUCUGCACCAACUCCAGGAGUAGUGGACGUGUUUUCUGAGUGGGGGUUGCUCUUCAUCCUGGUGCAAGAUGGAAAAUUGUAUUGCUUGCAAGAGAAAGACACUCAGAGCAAGUUAGAGCUCCUGUUCAAGAAAAACCAAUAUGCCAUGGCCAUCAGCCUGGCAAAGAGCCAACAGUACGAUGAGGAUGGGCUCGUCGAUAUUUUCAGACAGUAUGGCGAUCACUUAUCCAGUAAAGGGGACCAUGAAGCAGCUGUGCAACAGUACAUAAUGACUAUCGGAAAGUUGGAAGCGUCGUACGUCAUUCGAAAGUUCUUAGAUGCCCAGCGCAUUCACAACUUGACAGAAUACCUGCAGGCCCUUCAUAAGAAAGGCUUGGCAACGGAGGACCACACAACACUUCUCCUCAACUGUUACACUAAGCUGCAGGAUGAUGAGAAACUCUCCCAUUUUGUCAUGGCCAAGGACACAUACUUUGAUGUGGAAAUAGCCAUCAAGGUAUGCCGACAGGCAGGCUACUAUGACCAGGCUUUGUACUUGGCUGAGAAGCACAACUGCCAUGACCUCUACCUUAGAAUCAAGUUGGAAAACUGCCACGACUACCUCACAGCCAUCAACUAUAUUGCGCGGCUACCUUUCACUCAGGCAGAAAGCUACAUGAAAAAAUACGGGAAGACACUGUUGACGUAUGUCCCGGAGCAGACAACUGAUCUCUUGAAAAACCUGUGCUACGACUACAGGCCCAGUAAUGAUCCUCUGCCAGUAGAACAACGUUCCCAUCCAGAGGAUUUCAUACACAUCUUUGUUAGCAAUUCUGAAAAGUUGCUAGAGUUCCUCCAGCACAUGGUUGAGGUGCAACCCCAGUCUUCCACUUUGGUGUACAAUACCUUGUUGGAGCUGCACCUGCAGUCGUUCAACCAUCAAGAAAAUGAAAUGGAGAAGAAAGUCAAGGGACAACAAAUUAUGGACAUGUUGAAAAACUCUGAGGGAAAGUAUGACUUGGAUCAGGCAAUGGUUCUUUGCCAGAUGAACCACUUCAAAACAGGGAUACUCCACCUGUACGAGAAGGCCAGGCUGUACCAGCAGAUCUUGUCCUACCACAUUGAUAACUGUGACUAUGAAGAAGUGAUCAGGAUCUGUGAGCGAUUUGGAGGCAACGACCCUAACCUGUGGAUUCAAGCCUUGUGCUUCUUCUCCACAGGCAACCAGAAGGAUUACUUUUCUAAAGUAUUGACCCAAAUUGAAAAGCAGAGGCUCCUGCCUCCUAUCAUGGUGGUGGACAUUGCUGCACGAAGCCACAAGGCCACCCUGGCCACUGUCAAGGACUACUUGGUAAGACAUCUGAUGAAUGAAAACAGGCAGAUGGAAGAAAACAAAAGGCUCAUAGUGCAAUACAGGAAGGAGACGGAACGGAUACGAAACCAUAUAGAGGAAUUGAAGAACAAGCCUAAAGUGUUCCAAGUGUCCAAGUGCUGUGGCUGCAAUCAUCUGCUGGAGCUGCCCUCUGUUCAUUUCCUCUGUGGACAUUCCUAUCAUCAACACUGCUUUGAAAACUACUCCGAAAGCGACGACUGCCCUCACUGCUUGCCUGAAAACAGCAAGGUGCUGGACAUAAUUCGCUCCCAAGAACAGGCCAAGGACCUUCAUGAACAAUUCCACCAUCAGCUGGAACGAUCGGAUGACGGAUUUUCCGUCGUGGCUGAUUACUUCGGCAAGGGCCUCUUCAAUAAAGUUACCCUCCUUACGGAUCCGCCAAGAUGUAAAUAAAUUAUUAGUAUAAAAGUU